ACCAAACAAAUUUUGAAAACGGGUUUUAUUUUAAAAGCGCGCUUGGGUUGUUGCGCUUCUUUGCCAAAACUGUUAUUUUCUGUUCGUGUGCUAAAAUCGUCGCUGGCGGUUUGGCAAUUGUCCCAAAACCGGGAUAUUCGAGACCCCUCGUCGCUUGGUCAAAAAUAAAACAACUUUGGACCGUUAAUGACGCAUUCUAAAAUACCUCGCUUUUCUUAUAAUAAUAAUUUAUUAUCCCGACGAGCGCGAUUCAGCUAUUUAAAAGAAUUUGCCGCCGCCUGCCCACGUGACCUUGGCCAGCCUAUCGCCAUCAUCCACAUGCUCAUUUCGUGUGUUGUCAUCAGUUUUAUUUUUCUUUAGCUGGUAUAGCGAAUUGUGCGAGGCAAAUAAAGUAAAGGGGCGCACGUUAUCUUAUCUUCGGGUUUUAAUGUGUUUGUUUUUGAAAUGAUUUGAUUUGUUAAUCGGUGUAGGAAAUAAUUUUUUCAGUGCUAUUAUUUUGUUUCCCUCCACUGCGCUGGCGUAAACGUCAAUCUGUACCACAAACGGCAACCGAGCGAACUUCGUUGACAAGUCAGCAAUCGUCUCGUCCGUUGUAAAAUAAACUAAUUGUUAUUAUAUUCUUCUCGAAGUUUCGCGAAUUCGCGUACUGAAUAAAUUUAUUACGGUUGUUUCUAUAUCUACAAAACUGUAUGUUAGUGUUCAAUUUGUUAUCAGGAAGUCGCGUUGAAAAAGUAUGGUUAUAUCAACAUUCUUUUGAAAAAAUGGAAAGGAUCAAAUUCUAAUUUUUGUUCGUCAUUUGUGUCAGAUUUUCGAUUUACUUAGCGAAAUCUGAUCGUGUAGUAAGUACAAAACAGAAGUGACCGUGGAGCACAAUGGAGGAUGCACAUACUAGGACUGUCGAUGAAGUGUUAAAAUAUUUUAACACUGAUCCUGAAAGGGGGCUUAGCACAGAUCAAGUUAAGCGAAAUCAAGAAAAGUAUGGACCUAAUGAACUUCCUGCAGAGGAAGGAAAGUCGAUAUGGCAAUUAGUUUUAGAACAGUUCGAUGAUCUUCUAGUCAAGAUUUUGUUAUUAGCUGCAAUUAUUUCAUUCGUAUUAGCUUUAUUUGAAGAACACGACGGAGCAUUCACUGCAUUCGUAGAGCCCUUUGUAAUUUUACUUAUUCUUAUUGCAAAUGCAGUUGUCGGAGUGUGGCAGGAGCGAAAUGCGGAGUCUGCUAUUGAGGCACUCAAAGAAUAUGAGCCGGAAAUGGGCAAAGUUGUUCGAUCGGACAAACCAGGUGUACAGAAAAUCAAAGCUAAAGAUAUCGUACCGGGUGAUAUAGUUGAGAUAUCGGUAGGGGACAAAAUACCUGCGGAUAUUCGAAUCACCAAAAUCUACUCGACAACUCUUCGCAUCGAUCAGUCAAUUUUAACCGGUGAAUCCGUGUCUGUUAUCAAACACACUGAUGCCAUCCCUGAUCCGCGUGCCGUAAAUCAAGACAAGAAAAAUAUCUUAUUCUCUGGUACCAAUGUAGCUGCUGGCAAAGCCCGCGGUAUUGUUAUCGGGACCGGCCUCAGUACUGCUAUCGGUAAAAUCAGGACAGAGAUGUCGGAAACUGAAGAGAUCAAGACGCCACUCCAACAGAAACUUGAUGAAUUCGGCGAGCAGUUGUCCAAAGUGAUAUCAGUGAUUUGUGUUGCCGUAUGGGCUAUUAAUAUCGGUCAUUUUAACGAUCCCGCCCACGGUGGAUCGUGGAUCAAGGGGGCUGUUUACUAUUUCAAAAUUGCCGUCGCUCUAGCUGUCGCCGCUAUUCCCGAGGGUUUGCCAGCCGUAAUUACAACUUGUUUGGCUUUAGGUACUCGCCGUAUGGCAAAAAAGAAUGCUAUCGUAAGGUCAUUACCAUCUGUGGAAACGCUGGGUUGCACUUCCGUUAUUUGCUCAGAUAAAACCGGCACAUUGACGACCAAUCAAAUGUCGGUGUCUCGCAUUUUCAUUUUCGAAAAGGUUGAAGGCAAUGAAAGUACCCUUAACGAGUUUGAGGUCACCGGUUCAACUUACGAACCGAUUGGUGAGGUUUUCCUUAAAGGCCAAAAAGUAAAAUGCUCAGAAUUCGAAGGGCUUCAGGAAUUGGGAACAGUGUGUGUAAUGUGCAACGAUUCCGCUAUCGAUUUCAAUGAAUUUAAGCAAUGUUUCGAAAAGGUGGGAGAAGCCACUGAAACGGCUUUGAUUGUUUUGGCCGAAAAAAUGAAUCCUUUCAAUGUGCAAAAAGUCGGAGACAGGCGUCAAGCAGCCAUAUGCGUGAGGCAAGACAUUGAAACUAAAUGGAAAAAAGAAUUUACACUUGAAUUCUCCCGUGAUCGCAAAUCCAUGUCUUCUUACUGCGUACCACUUAAACCAUCUAAACUGGGCAAUGGACCGAAAUUAUUCGUCAAGGGUGCCCCCGAAGGAGUACUGGAAAGGUGCACACACGUUCGAGUGGGCUCACAAAAAUUACCUCUUACAAGUAGCCUGAAAAACCGCAUUCUUGAAGUUACCAGGUCAUACGGUACCGGUAGAGAUACCCUUCGUUGUCUUGCGCUUGCGACCGCUGAUAAUCCCAUGAAACCCGAAGAAAUGGACCUUGGGGAUUCUACAAAAUUCUAUACUUAUGAAGUUAACCUUACAUUUGUUGGCGUUGUCGGCAUGUUAGAUCCCCCAAGAAAAGAAGUCUUUGAUUCAAUUGUAAGGUGCCGUGCUGCUGGUAUUAGAGUCAUUGUCAUCACAGGCGACAACAAGGCUACUGCCGAAGCUAUCUGCAGACGUAUUGGGGUGUUCACUGAAGAUGAAGAUACAACUGGCAAGUCAUAUUCUGGGCGAGAGUUUGAUGAUCUCUCUCCUGGAGAACAAAAAGCUGCUUGUGCCCGUGCUCGCCUGUUUUCGCGUGUAGAACCUGCGCACAAAUCGAAGAUUGUUGAAUACCUUCAAAGUAUGAACGAAAUUUCUGCAAUGACUGGUGAUGGUGUUAAUGAUGCUCCCGCUUUAAAGAAAGCUGAAAUCGGUAUUGCUAUGGGUUCAGGUACUGCUGUAGCCAAGUCGGCUGCUGAGAUGGUAUUAGCUGAUGACAACUUUUCAUCAAUUGUGGCCGCCGUCGAAGAAGGUCGUGCGAUCUAUAAUAAUAUGAAACAAUUCAUUCGUUAUUUGAUUUCAUCCAAUAUUGGUGAAGUGGUAUCUAUCUUUUUGACCGCCGCUCUGGGACUGCCAGAGGCUCUUAUUCCGGUACAACUGUUGUGGGUCAACUUGGUAACUGACGGCUUGCCAGCUACUGCUCUAGGUUUCAAUCCACCAGAUCUAGAUAUUAUGGACAAGCCGCCACGUAAAGCAGACGAAUCUUUGAUUUCUGGAUGGCUGUUCUUUAGAUACUUAGCUAUUGGUGGUUAUGUAGGCGCUGCCACUGUAGGCGCAGCUGCUUGGUGGUUUAUGUUUUCCCCAGAAGGACCUCAGUUAAGCUAUUAUCAAUUGACGCAUCAUUUACAAUGUACUGGGGCUGCUACAGAAUUCAAAGGAAUUGACUGCAAAGUUUUCAAUGAUCCUCAUCCAAUGACAAUGGCUUUAUCUGUUUUAGUUACAAUUGAAAUGUUAAAUGCUAUGAAUAGCUUAUCAGAGAAUCAAUCUCUCAUUGCGAUGCCCCCAUGGUGUAAUAUGUGGCUGAUUGGCUCAAUGGCUUUAUCUUUCACCCUCCACUUUGUUAUCUUGUAUGUAGACGUACUUUCUGUGGUAUUCCAAGUGUGUCCAUUGACAGUUGAAGAAUGGAUAACGGUAUUGAAGUUUUCUAUUCCAGUAGUCUUGCUCGAUGAGACACUAAAGUUUGUUGCAAGAAAAAUUACAGACGGUGAGAAUCCGAUUUACACUGUGCAUUGGAUUGUGCUAAUGUGGGCUGUAUUUUUUGGCUUGAUACUCUGGGGCCCAAUCUAAAUGAAUUUCAGACUUCCUCCGUCGACGAGGAUAGUUGUUUAGUGUGUAAACGGGUGCUCAUUUUGAGAGAGUUUUGCCAAUGUAAAGGACCAAGAUAAGGUUUUUUGUAAGUGCCUUUCGUCACACAUUCGUUUUCUUCUGAUAAAUUAAAUAUUUUGGGUAGUUUGAAACUAAUGGGAAACUUGUAUUAAAUGAAACUCGGCUAUCACAUAUGACCUGUUAACUAAAUUGGGAAUUAUUUAUUAUGGUUUGGAUGGUUUCUUUUGUAACAUUGCAGGCAGUGAGAUUUAGUAUUUAAAGAACGUUUUUGCCCGAUUUACACUCUAACAUAUAUUAUAUAGUGUUGUUAUACUAAUUUAAUUUUAGUACAAAUGACAAAUUAUUCAUUCCUUCUUUUGAAUCGGACAAUAUUAUAAAUGUAUUUAAAUAUUUGUAAGUAGAAUUUUUUACAUUGAAUAGUUUGUCAUGGAUAUGCUAUUUACAGCAGACAAAAGUGAGCAGUGUACAGGCAAGUUCCCGUGUGUUUGCGUGAUUGUUUUCUCAGGUGUUGUGAUUUUAGUUAUAAAUUAUGGAAAACCAAGUACAUGGUUGGAAAUACUUAAUAAAAAAUCGGCAAAGACUGAGUUUUUGUAAUUUGUUUCUUUUUUUGUGCAACGAAUAUUUUGAAAAUCAACACAACAUCCGACUGUUUACAAAGUCAAAUUUUCGUCCAUAAAGUAAAACUCAAUAGUGUAUAUUUUCAACCAACACCUAGAAUUUCUUGGUAUAUGUGCAGGGUAAUUCUCACUAAUGACCACUAUUGUUAAAAGUUCACAAAUUUGGUGCCUUUUUUUUGGUUAAUUUUUCUUCCAUUAAAAAAAAAACAACCUUUUAUGCAACAGGAACUUCAAUAAAAAUAGAUUUAGUGGUUCACCAACUUUAAAGAUUUUUGUGGUCAUUGGAGGGAGAAAGAGGAGCAAAAAGAUGUUUUUUGGUCAUUACAUUAAAUUUCUAAAUCAUUUUUGCCAGAUGUUUCUUUUUACUUAUUUAAAGACAAAUUAACAAUAUACAUUUUUUAAGAAUUUGUGCAAUUCUAGAAGAAGAACGGAGUUGAUAUUUGAUAUAUCAGUAGCAUAACUAUAAUACUGACCAAAAUUAAGGAUUAACUCAGAUUUUUAUCUAUUAAAUACAAAUUAUUUUUUCUUCUAGGAUAUUAUCUAUAGCAAUGGUUGAGCAAAAUUGUUUUAGUUGUUAAAGUAAAUUCACAUCAAAAUUGAAAAUAUUGUUUGACAUUAAAUGCCCUUAACUCAUUAUUAUUCAUAAAGAAAAGUGAAAAGUGGCAUUUAUUAAUUAUCUUUUGUCUAAUAUUUUGGACGAGGGUGAAAUUUUUAAUCAAUGAGACCAUAUAUUGAAAUACAACUCCCUCCCAAAAACGUUUCUUUGAAUUUGAAUAUUCGAAUUAAAUAGCCAGAUCUAAAAUUUAACUCAAAUUUACGAUACCAUAGAAUAUUUCCUAAAAAUAAGGUGUUAGCUAUGCCCAGGCCAGGUCUAUGUGAAUUACCCUAUCUGUAAACUAUUGUAUGAGACAGUGAUUGGCAUUGCACUUUUUUUUAUGUGUGCCAAUAUAUUUUACUUUUUUUUUAACUUUAUAAAGUUGGAUACAAGUGAUGGUUAAUUUUUUUAGAGUAUUUUUUAUGAUGUAUAAAAUUUAAACGUAAAAGUAUUCUAUAGGUUACGUCAACAUAUUAAAUUUAGGUCAUCGUAUGGCAUGCUGCUGCGUAACUUAUAAUUAAUCACAUAGGAAAUCGACUCGAUUUAAAUGUACUACCACUUUUUAAUUCACUGGUUAUUCAUAUAAGUUGGUGUUCCUGUAGCAGUUAUUUAAAAUUUUGAUAAUAAUAUACUGCAUCAAACAGUAGCUGGUCUACAUUUUUGAAAUAACACUUCGUGGUGACUUUUUGUAAAUAUUGUAGCUAUCUACUUCGAAAUAAUAUAUAAUAAAAAAUAAAUACGCAUUUAUCUUAGAAUGUACUUAUAAGUGAGAGAAAUGCCUUUUAAACCUCCCCUUUUUUGUGUUAUGUGAUGAAUAUCAUAAAGUAGUUUGGAACUACGAGUUUUUUCAUUCACUUUUAAACAUUUUCGAAUAUUUUGUGAUUUGACAAAUUUGGAAAAUUUGAUUGUCUUUUGCGGUUCCAAAAGUCGGAAAAAAAUUAAUUAAAACAGGCCUUUUGAAAAAUUUCCUCGCAGAACAUGUCAAGCACAGACAGUUUUAAGUUUUAUAUUUAUGUCCUCAGUUUAACAUAUCUGUCCAGGUUUGGGAUCUAGAUUCUGAUGUUGUUGCUGGUGUUGAUGGAUGUAUUUAUUUCCAAUUUAAAAAUGUGAAUACCUCUAGUCUAAAAUACGAGAGCCAGCGACAUGGGCUGAAUGCUGCAGUUUCACAGAAACGUUUCGUUUUAAUUUUGUAACUAGUACAAAGAUAAAAUAUAUAAUGUAAAUAUUGAUUGUAUUGGGCAAUGUUAGCUUAAAUUACAGCCUAAAUAAAGUUUUCAAAAGUCGUUUAGUAAGUACAUUUUUUUCUGUGAAUUAAAUUUUUGGAUUGUAUUUUAUAGAAUAAUAUAUCUGAUAUUUGAAAUUGGUAGAACCUCGACGCAGUGCGGUCUGUAAGCCUGUGAAACAUCUGAAGAUCGAAACUGACUUUUGGAUGUAUAGUUCUAAGAAACACCUUUGUAUACCUUGCUCUAGAAUUUGGAAGAUGUCACAAAAGAAACUGAAUAUUUUAUAAAGCAAAUAGUUAAAUAAGAGUCAUUAAGUUUUUAGCUUUUCAAUUUUUUAGCUAGUAUAACGUCUAACAAUUCUUUGGCAAUCACCUGAAGUGAAAAUAUUUCAAUUUUUCUCGUGAAGUUGUAGGUGAAACUGUUCAUCCCCAGGUGUCUAAAAAUAGUCUUACUAGUGGAUAUCGUAACAAACAAAAAACAUAAUUUGUUAAAUUUAACUCCUGAAAUAAAUGCAGAUUAGUAAUUGUUCUGACAAUGGUUUAGAGUGGAAAAUGUAUUGCCAGCCUCCAAACCAGACUUGAAGCCACUUCAAGAAUGCGAUCCAUAAAUUGAUUUACAUGAUGUGGACGCGAAUCAAGAAAUUGCAUCUGACACUUUUUUGCCUUUGAUUAUUUCUGUUGGUUUGUUAAUUUUGGGGCAUGAAAAAAAAAAAGAUUUACAGUGUAGUCGAAAUACAAGUCACUAAUAAUGUAACGUCAUUUCUUUUAACAGUUAUAUAAUUUUAUUAGAGCUGUAUUUGCAAUAUAAUCUGCGUAAAAUUAUGAAAAUUUAUAGUUUCAAACCUCUGCAUAAUAACAGUAAAAGUAUCUUAUCUGAAUUAUUUAUGAAAAAGAAAGAAAUAAGCAAUAUUCGACCAUAACGAGCUGCCGUUUUAAGAAACAAAAGUCGUGGAUUUGAGGCAUGCCCUCGAAAGAAAAUUCGUUAUUCGUAAUUGCAAUUCAUUCAAAUGAAAAGGUGAAAUAUUCAGCACAGAAAACUCUACUUAAUACUGUUAUUACAGGGUAUUUCUUGAAUAGAAGCAAAUUAAAGGUAGAGCUUAAAAUAUUUAUCGGCUUAUUGAAUCUUGAGGUCUGGUUUUCAUGUAUACACAAUUAUUAAUAUAAAAAUGAAUCUGGGCAUGCGUGAGGUUGAUUUAUCCCAACGUUAACUUGAAAAAUGAAUAUUAUGGAAUGCUAUUAACUAUAACUAUAUAUAUCGGCGGCGAGACAAUCUAAGUAAUAGGAAAAAAAACUAUAUUUGUACCAUCAAAUUGAAAUCUCCAAAAAUCAGUUUAAGGUUAAUUUUUCGCAUUUCACAUCCUACGCUUAUACUCUUAAACUGCAUACGAAAAUCACCUUUACCUUUAAUAGUUGGCAGUACUUAGGUUCAACAAUUAUAAAUCUACGCAGUGUUACAACUUUAACAUUUGCAAGUAAAAAACAUGCCGGUAGAUGUUGUGCGCUAACUGCUAACCCGCUAUCAGUUUGUGAGGAACAAAACUACAGACGAAGCAGAUCAUCAUGUGAGUAUGAUUGGCAUACACAAGUUCAAAAAUAUUUUUGAAUAAAUUAAAAUUUUGACCAGUUUUUUAUAUGUAUUUUUUAUUU